AUGCUGUUGAUGUCUAAGGAGAAAUCCGAAGAAACUGGGAAAUCUGGUGGCGAGACUUCAGGAAUAGAAGUUCUUCGUGCCGAUGACGUCGUACGGGAACCGCGACGAGUAAUGUUCCUUUUGAUCACCAUUGAAAUAAAAUCUGUGCUCAAAAGGAAGAAAAAAUUUGUGAGAUUCGCGAAACUUGGAGGAAUGACCAAGGAUCUUUCACAUAGAAGAAUCAAACGCGAGAAUCAACGAUUGAUUGAGGUCAAAAUGAAGGAAAAGAAGGGAAGACAAGGAUCGUGUGAGCUUUCAGAGCUCACGCUCUGA